UCGGGUUGGUUUCAUGUCCACCUGGAACCUGUAAAACUGCUGCUGCUGUUGGGCUGGGGUAUAAAACCUGCCCUCCAAACAGCUUCCCAGUGCUGCCGGGAGGAUCUGCUGGAGAUGAGGACUCCUCUUGUCACCUUGCUGGCUGCUGUGCUCUGUGUGCAACAAGUUUAUCCAUUCAUGUGCUACACCUGCCAAGAACAGGAGUCCAACAAGGACUGUUUGACCAUUUCCAUGUGUGCCAAGGAGGACAAACACUGCGUGACCGUCCGGAAGGACGUCGGGACAAAGCCCAACAAGCCUAAAUACGUCAUCUCCAAGAUGUGUUCUCCAACAUGUCCAGAAACAGGUCAGCAACAACCCCAGAGCUCCCAGAAUGUUUCCUGCUGUGAGAAACCCCUGUGCAACGUGAAUGGAGUCAGCAGCAGGCAGAGCAGCCACGGAAUGAUGUCCCUGGGUGUCCUGGCCAGCAUCACUUACAUCUUUACAUACGGAUUGUGAUGGGUUUGGAAGAGCUCCCCGCGAUGGCUGAAAUAAAAGUGUUGUUCUGGGAUAA